AUGGUCAAGCCACUUAUUGCACCAUCCAUUUUGGCAUCAAACUUUGCCGAUUUAGGCUGUCAAUGUCAUAAGAUGUUGGACAAUGGAGCUGAUUGGCUUCAUAUAGAUGUCAUGGAUGGACACUUUGUUCCCAACAUUUCCUUGGGACCUCCUAUUAUUUCUUCGUUACGUAAGGAGAUUCCUCGUUCUGACACUAAGCCAAGUUUCUUUGAUUGUCAUAUGAUGGUCAGUGAACCAGAGAAAUGGGUUGAAGAGAUUGCUAAGGCCGGCGGUGACUCCUAUACUUUCCAUUAUGAAGCUACAAAGGAUCCAUUGGCAUUAGUAAAGUUAAUCAAGAGCCACGGCUUGAAAGCUGCAUGUGCCAUCAAACCAGGCACUUCAGUCGACGUUUUAUACCCAUUGGGUGAGUAUUUGGAUAUGGCUUUAGUAAUGACUGUAGAGCCUGGUUUCGGAGGUCAAAAAUUCAUGGCUGACAUGAUGCCCAAAGUAGAAGCUUUACGGACCAAGUUCCCCAAAUUGAAUAUCCAAGUCGAUGGUGGUUUGGGAAAGGAAACCAUCCCUGCCGCUGCUGGUGCUGGUGCCAACGUCAUUGUUGCUGGUACCUCAUGUUUUACAGCUACUGAUCCCAGGGAAUUGAUUGAAUUCUUAAGAGAGAACGUUAGUAAAAACUUGAGUGCUCGUGGCUUGCUAGAUGAAAAAGUAUAG